GGUUGCUCGCUUUGCAGGAUCGUUUGCAGGGCAUGAUGACAGCGGAGGACGGUCGGGCAUGGGCUGGGAUCCCGUGGUCCCCUGACGUUUGCGACAUGGCACGUUGGGUGAGCCGACAGAUCAGGUGGUCCCCUUGGUGGGAGAGGAUGCGUGCCAUCAAGCACGUCAUGGAUCCUGUUAUGGACUUGCUGAGGCGGAUGGACCGUGGCGGGCAGUUCAUGUCUCUCGUUGUAGAGUGGACUCGGGAUCUUGCACGCCUUGUGCGGGACGCUUGCAUUCCUCUUGGCCAGUCAUUUUCUGACCGUAUCAUGAGGCGUGUGCAGGCCCGUAUACAGCACAUGCUGGAGCCCGCACACUGCGCCACGUUCUUACUGAACCCCCGUCGCCGGAAUGUUCAGUACUUCUCCGCGCAGCUCGACCGGUACCACACUUGGCUUGUUCGACAAGCCAAGAGGUAUCURUUGUCUCARAYGGGMMACGAUGAGUCGGGUGGUCGUUACCUUGAGGCGGGAUUGGACGUGGAGCCUGUGCGCUCGGGGACGAGGAGUGGGAUGACGGAGGAGGAGAUCGAGGAGCAGGCUGCCCUCAUUGCGCGCGAUCCCAUWRGGUCUUCUGCGCYGYCCCCUGUUGAGUCUGUUUUYGGUGCUCGUGCGACUAUCUUCCRCCCAUACCCCAGGGACGAUGACUCUGCGRACGAGAGGGAGUCGGAAGCAGCGGACGACCCGAUGCUUCCCAUCCCGCGUGAGAUUGAUGAGUUGCACGAGGGGGAGGACGUGCGUGACGAGAGGACGCACACCGCGCGGAGGGCGGCAGACCAGCGAGAUAUGGAUAUGAUAGGGGGCGAGGAGUUUUGGGGAUCUUUCGGGGGCACGGAGGAGAUAUCACCCACUGCCGUGCGGGAGGAUACGCGUCCUUGCACGACCUUGCGGGAGGAGACACCUGCUCCCAUGACUGCAAAUGAGGAGCCGGGUCCUGCCACGACAGUGUGGGAGCGGACAACUGUUUCGUCGACCGCGCAAGAGCAGACACCUGCUCCCACGACCACGCGAGAGCAGACGAGUAUUCCCGCUACGCAUUCCGGACCCUCGUCCCUGUCGCCUCUUUCGUGUCAUUCUAUCCCAGGAUUCCCAGCAUCCGCUCCGCCCGCUYCCGUUCGGCAUGACGAGCGCUCACCUGCACCGGUUGGGAGGGAGGACUUGGGAUCCUCGUUGCGCAGCCGCGGGCAUGGAUCAUUGUUUAGCGUAGCCCGUCAGCUCGUUUUGGACCCGGGUGCAUCGAGCGACUUGGGGGAGAUGGGUGUUCAUAGCGGGGCACCACCGGUGGAGGAGAGGGAGAGACGAGCGGAGGAGCACGGAGCUGCCGGAGCGGGCGGAGUUGAGGGUAUUUGGGGUAUGGAGGAGGAGGUAGAUGGAGUAGUGGGAGGCGUGGUGGAGGUAGAUCAUGGUGCGCACGUCGAGAGAGAGGAGGGUGUGCUGCCAUCGGAGGUUAAGAGAGAGGACGAUGUGGUGAGGAUGCAGAAGGCGACCAUGAGGGACGAUGAGGGAGAGGAGGCUGUGGCAGGGGUAGACGAGAGCGUGGCUGGGGUAGAUGAUGGUACUGCCCAGGUUGAGAUGGAGGAGGAUGUGGUGAGGGCAGAUGCUGCUACGUUGGUUGGGGGAGAGGAGGGUGUGGUAGGGGGGACGCCGCCCAUGGUACAGGAGAGGGAGGCGCCCACCUUGACCCGAUCGAGGAGGGCACUGGGGGCAUCGCCAUCAGAACAGAGGGGGGCGUCAGGGCUGGGGAUGGGGGAUUUCAUGGACAUGUCUUUGGGGAAUCCGCCCACCCCUGCUCACGCAGAGAGAGAGGAUGUGGCGCGUGCCCUAGCGGCCGCUGGGUACUCCACACAGGAGAUCGAGCAGGCAUUUGCAAGAUGCUCCGGGAGAGAGAAAGACUCGCUUCAGCAGGGGUGCGAGGAGGUAGUAGAGCAGCCACAGGAGGAGCGUGAGGAUGCACCCCCUGCGGAUAUCCACGGAGGUAGUAGUUCGUUGGUACCGUUCACGGGCUUGCAGAUGACGACGACGAUGCGGCCAGUUCGACCGUGUGUGCAGGGGUCAGGUUCAGGGGAGGAGGCAUUAGUUCAGGUACCACCGGUUAUAGUCGUAGAUAUAGGAUCUGAGGCAGUUCUUCAUACAACGGUUACUGGGUGGCGAGCUCCUCAGGAUACAGCUUGCCCAUUGGAUUUCGCGGAGCUCGCACGGGCUGCUGUGCGUGACGUGACGAGGCGGGAGGACACCGACCCUAGCAGACCACUUAUGCCGCCUCCUCCUCCGAGAUCACGUCACAGCGAUUCCCCCUCGACACCAGUCGGUCGGCCCCCCCGUUCACCAUCCACGCCCACCAGACCCAGGGUUCGUGACACGACGGCCGUAGGGAGCCUCCCUCUUGACACAUUGCUAUUCGGGAGGACGGAUAUUGACCUGGAGUCCGUACGUCAGGUCACAGUGCACACUGCACGACAACAGCCAGGUUUGGGUGGGGCUGACGCCGGGAGGGGUGCGCCGAGGGAGGUCAUGCCGGCAGUAUCUCAGCCGCGAGAUGUUCGCGGGGUUGGACAGACCGGGUGUACCUUGCAGGCCGCUUUGGCAGCAACAGCACGUGCUGUGCGUGAGCAGACAUCGCGCAGGAGCGGCGUCGCUCGUACGAGUUCCAUGCCUCAGAUGAUGCCUGCCAUGGGGGAUGCCGCGUUGGAGGAGUCUUCUGGAGCCGAGGGGUUGGAGAUGCCGCGCGGUUCUCGUCGUGAGAAGACAGUCGCAGAGGUGACUCAGGUGAGUGCUAGGCUUGUUUGUGUGAGGACGGGGGCUGCCCAUGUGACCGUGGUGGAGGACGAUCCUGAGACGGAGCCUGCACGUGAGGAGGCCCCACAAGAGGGUGACGAGUACAAGGACAACGAGGAGCGUGAGGAGGAGGAAAGCGACAGCGGGGAUGAUGACAGCUACCACCACGACGACGACGAGCCCUCCCCUCCACCGCGGCAUGGUUCUCGUAGACGGCGUGGCUCUCAUAGAGGACAUGAUGACGUAGACAACCCGUCCCCUCCAGGGCGGCGGGAGACGAGAAGUCGGAGGAGGCGAGGGUCAUCCGUUGCGACAGCGUCGGGGCGAGGGAGUGUUUCGUCGACACGCAGCACGAGUGGGGGGAGGCAGAGAGGCAGUGGUAAGGGGAAGGGAAGUCGACGGUAUUGACAGCUUCGUUCCCCUUCCAAUGCUUCGACGACG